AUGGAAUCCUACAAGAAGUUUUGGGCAUGGACAGAGACGGAUAUAGUGGAAAUUGUUGAUGAAAUAGUGGAAACAAGGGAGAUUGUGACUGCUGUGCUUCUGGGAGUUUUCUUCGCUCCAUCUCUUGCUUUACAAGAUGUAAAUGUAGGACAGACAUCUGACAGAAAAGCCCAUCAGGGUGUGUCUGUCGACCAUGAUAAGAAUGUGGCUAUCGUCACAUCAAAUAAUGGCCAGCAAUCAUGGGUCUCUGUUUUGGACUACAAGACUGGCUUUGUGGCAACCAGGAUAUUGGCCACGAAAUCUUGUGUCCUUGCUAAAAUGAACAAAGACGUUAUGCCUGCUAUUGAUGCUCUUCCCAAAGCCCUUGACGAGAUGAAGAAAUCUGAAGUUCAAAGGCCUCCUCCAAAGGAGGUGAGAUACACCGUCUCAGAAAAGAAAAUCCAGGACCUCACCCAAUAUGGAGAAGACAUUGCUGCUCUGUGCCAUGGCUUGCCUGCUUAUGAGGCUUAUGAGAUCCAGGGAGCGAACUUUUUCUAUGUAGGAGCAGAAGCGUGUUUGAAUGUGAACGUCCUGUUCAUCCUGCGUUUGGACUUAUGCCUUGGUAUUUCCAAAUAAGUUUUGGGCUGCCCUGAACCAGUCUUCCAAUUUCCCCUGUGACUGGACAAAACCAUUUAUCUUAGUGACAUUACAUCUUCUGAAUAUUUUACUCUUUUCCCUUUAUGAUUUCUAUGUAGAAGAAACUUAGACUGAGAAACUAACUUUCAAUUAAACACAUUUAGCAUU